AUGUCUACACCCAACCCCAACAACACACAAAUCUCGGCCGAUCUUCUCAAGCAGGUGAGAACUCGUGAGGUCGCUGUGGCUGAGCUCAGUAAUCUUUCUUCUGCUCGGGCUGUCUAUCAAAAGAAUGGGAAUAUAUAUUUCCAAACCACCAUUGAGAAAGCAACUGCAUUUGAACAAAAACAAUUGGAUAUCGCCAAGGGUAGGCUGCAAAUGCUUGGUUAG